AUGUUACAGUUAAGGCAAGGAGCCUCUCUGCUUCGCCGUCUAAGGCUCCGACUUCUUAUCCCUCUCGCAACCCCUACGCCAACGAAUCCCCCCCCCCAAAAAAAAAAAUUCCCCAGUGGGGAGAAGAUUUGUGCUAUCGACAGGCAGGCCUUUGAGAGAGACUUGUCCGCUCAAAGAAAAUCAAUAUUGAGGCCCUUUUUCAAUGCUUACAUCCUUCAUAGAGUAUAUUUCAUAUUCUUUCAUUGUCUUUAUUCCGCAUUCAUCCGCACAUGUUACUUUUAUUACUUCAUUUUGUUUUGUUUUUCCAUAAACCAUUCUUUUGUUUCCUUCUUUUCUUUCUACAUUCCCUCUGCGACGACUCAUGGAAUUUCUUUAUUACCCCUAAGCUUUUAUGGUUUUUCCUGUCAUUAUAAGAAAUUGCUUUUCUUUCUCUCCAUUCUCCUUUAUCUAGAUAAUUUCUUCCCGGCUGAUUAUAAAAAUCGCCUCUUUUACAUCCAAGAUCGCAAUAGCAACCUCAGAUUUCUGGUCGAAACAGGCGCGCAGAUCAGCGUCAUACCACUGAGCAGCCGUGACAAGUCGAUGACAAAACCCAAGGAAGCUUUACUCAAACUACAAGCCGCCAAUGUCACACCAAUCAGCACAUACGGCGAACGCAUUAUGUCCCUCAACAUCGGCCUAAAGAGGGAAUUUACCUGGACCUUAACGAUAGCCGAUGUUGAGACGCCAAUCCUCGGGGCAGAUUUUUUGGCGCAUUUCAACCUUUCUGUCGAGCUUUCCUCACGCACACUUACGGACAUGUUCACAACGCCGCGGAACACUGUCUAA